AUGACUGAGCAAGAUAAAAAACAGGAAAAAUUAAACUACAGCGAUAAGGAGAAAAUAAAUACGGUAUUGUGCUAUAAAUGUAAAAGGAACAAUGCAGUAGUAUGUACAAGAGAAAAGUCAUGCAAAGAUUGCUUUUUACAUCUUGUAGAGUAUACAUUUAAAAAUACAUUAAGAGAAAAAUGCUUAUUUAAAAACAAAGGAAGAAAUGAUUUUCAAGUUGAACAAGAGAUUGCACCAGAAAGUGAUAAUUAUAAAAGGGAUGACAUUUCCUCUACACAAUUUAGAGACCAUGUACAGGUCAAUGCCGAUAAAAUAGAAAAUAAUUAUAAAAAAUUAAAUGAAGAAAAAUGCCUGAACAAGACAUGUGAAAAAGAAAAAAAAAAAGUGCACAACUUAAGCACACAAAAAAAAAAAAAAAAAAAAACAGCUAUAGCAUUUUCGGGAGAAAUUUGUUCGUCUUUUCUUCUAUUUUCAUUUGUAAAAUAUUUAGAGAACAUAAAAAAUAGAAAAAAUGAUUUUAUAUUAAUGAAUGAACAUUGCAUUUUUAGUGAAAUAAUUUUCGUAGAUAUUUUUAACGAUGAAAAUUACAUUUUUCACUUGAUUAUGACAAUUGAGAAUAUAUUGCACACAUUAGAGAAAAAUAAGGAUAUAAAAGGGAAUAAAAGUAAAGAAUCAAAUUUAAAAAAUUAUGAAAAUGGAAAUAGUUUCUCAUCAACAAACAAUGAUAAAAAAAUAUUGUUUAUAGAUGGAAUAUUUAGAAAAAAAAUAAGCAAAAUACAUUUCGUGGUGUUGAAAAGUAAUUAUUUUAUUAAAGAAAAAUGUAAAAUGGAGUUUACAAUAUAUUACGAUUUAGUAAAAAAUGAAAAAAAAAAUUAUUAUUUGAAUUAUAUAAAUGACAUAAUUAUUUACAGUAACAUUUUAAAAUAUUGCAUAAAUGAAAAUAUUAAGUGUGUACUUUUUGGAAAUAACGCAAAUAAUAUUUCAAAUAAAUCCUUUUUAUAUACAAUAUUUGGUAAUGGUAUAAAUUUACCCAUUUGUACCGCUUAUAUUGACAAUAGAUAUAAGGAUAUUCAUUUUAUUAAACCACUGAAAGAUUUAUUAAACAAAGAAAUAUAUAUAUAUUGCUUUUACAAAAAUAUUACUUAUUUACAUAACACCGCGUUUUCACAAAACGUGUUAUAUAGAAUUAUAAACGAUAUGUUGUCUGCAUUAGAUGCCAUGAAUAAUACGACUUCCAUAAUUAAUAAAACAACCAAUAAUUUGAUUAAUCUGAUGAGUUGCUGUAACAGUAGAGACCAAAGGAUCUAUGAUGCUAUGUGUCACUGUGUUUGUAAGAGUAGCGAAAGGAAAAGAGGUGAUUCGAACACUGCUACAGGUGAUGUUAACAGUACUGCUAAAGAUAAUGAUAACGGUACUGAUAACGGUAUUGCUAAAGGUGGUGCUAAUGUUACUGGCAAUGGUACCACUAAAGGCGAUAAUGUAAGAUCUGAUAAAAAAAUAUUUUAUUCCAAAGAUGUAGAGGGAGAAUCCUCAACUACCAUCAAUUAUAAAUAUAUGAAAGAUUUCAACAAUAUUUCUGCAUGCUUUAUUUGUUUUGGUAAUAAGGAAACAGUGGAAGAAACAAAUUUUAUAAAAAAAUUGGACAAAGUUCAGUUAAGUAAUAUAAAAAAAAUGAAAUAUUCUAAUUUUAUAUGUUCAACUUGUUUGUGUAUAUUUUCAUCUAAUAAUAGUUUUGUAAACCUUUUUAAUGUUUUUUUUAAUAUUUGA